CCUCUUCCUCCAUCGACGAUCGCAAAUCACGACCUUGCCGAUUCCGUAGUUAGUUAUCCACUUUUCUAGCUUGAAAGAACCGGACUUUAGGUUUGCGAUUCCUCCUAGAGUCUUUUUGAAGUUUAUCUUUUCUUAGGUUGCUGCAGUUUGGAAGAUGGAGUCCACUGCGAGAUUAGUGGGUGGGAAUCAAGUUUCGCUGCCCUUGAAGAAAAGGUUUGCCAAAGUGAAAAAACAAGGCAAAUUUCUACCUAUAUCUGGGAUAAAUCAAGUCUCUCGCCCCCAAAAAUGCGCCCUUCACUCCAAUCCACACUCGAAUUUUCCUUUCGUGACUCGCCAGAAGAGCCAGAUUAACCCUGACUGUGGUGUUGAAUCUCUCCUUGGGGAACAAGAUGAUUCUAUGGAGAAACUCCCGGAGGUGAAUCGUGUUCACACACGUCCCGUGGAUGUCAAACGAGAACUCGUCAUGCUCUCUCUUCCGGCCAUUGCUGGACAGGCUAUAGAUCCUUUGACGCAGCUCAUGGAGACUGCAUACAUUGGAAGGCUCGGAUCUGUAGAGUUGGGUUCGGCUGCCGUUUCCAUGUCCAUCUUUAAUACCAUAUCAAAGCUCUUCAACAUUCCACUCCUCAGCGUUUCCACUUCUUUUGUCGCUGAAGAUAUUGCAAAGGUUGCCGCUGAAGAUUUAGCAUCAGAGGCUAGUCGUAGUGACAUACCUUCUCAAGGUUUAGUAGAAAGGAAACAGUUAUCUUCAGUCUCAACAGCGCUAGUGUUAGCCAUUGGAAUUGGCAUCUUCGAAGCUUUGGCUUUGUCUUUGGCAUCCGGACCUUUUUUAAGGUUAAUGGGUGUACAAUCUACGUCAGAAAUGUUCAUUCCUGCGCGGCAGUUUCUUGUCCUUAGAGCGCUUGGCGCUCCUGCGUAUGUGGUUUCUUUAGCUCUUCAAGGCAUUUUCCGUGGAUUCAAGGAUACAAAAACUCCAGUCUACUGUUUAGGUAUUGGUAAUUUUCUGGCUGUAUUUCUGUUCCCUUUGUUCAUUUACCAAUUCAGGAUGGGUGUAGCCGGGGCAGCAAUCUCUAGCGUCAUAUCCCAGUACACUGUUACCUUUUUGAUGAUUAUACUCUUGAACAAAAGAGUUAUGUUGCUUCCUCCAAAGAUGGGCUCAUUAAAGUUUGGCGAUUACCUGAAAUCUGGGGGAUUUGUUCUUGGAAGGACUCUUUCAGUGCUCGUUACCAUGACUGUUGCCACAUCAAUGGCGGCUCGUCAAGGGGCUUUUGCAAUGGCAGCACAUCAAAUAUGCAUGCAAGUGUGGUUGGCGGUAUCUAUGCUAACGGAUGCGUUAGCUUCAUCGGGACAGGCCGUAAUCGCGAGUUCUGCAUCCAAAAGAGACUUUGACGGUGUGAAAGAAGUUACUACUUUUGUUCUGAAGAUAGGAUUGGUGACAGGCAUUGCGCUGGCUAUUGUGUUGGGGAUGUCAUUCAGUUCAAUAGCUGGUUUGUUUUCCAAAGACCCUGAAGUUCUGCGGAUUGUGAGAAAGGGUGUACUGUUUGUAGCGGCAACUCAACCAAUCACAGCGCUAGCGUUUAUCUUUGAUGGACUGCACUAUGGCAUGUCGGACUUCCCCUACGCAGCUUGCUCGAUGAUGGUGGUGGGAGGAAUAUCAUCAGCGUUCAUGCUGUAUGCACCAGCAGGGUUGGGGCUAAGUGGGGUCUGGGUGGGGCUGAGUAUGUUCAUGGGGCUGCGGAUGGUGGCUGGAUUCUGCAGAUUAAUGUGGAAGAAGGGUCCAUGGUGGUUCAUGCAUACAAGUCACAAGCAUCUUGCUUGAAGCUGAGAAGGAGAGAGAGACAGAGACGUGCCCAUCUUUAACUUGUUACAUACAUAUUAUUACUACUACAUUUUACUCAUUAGCUUCGUUUGUUAGACAGUCUUCGAUUUCGUCCUUGUAAUCAAUUAUCUCAAAAGUUAAUUGAGUUAUGAAAUUUCGGUUAAAA